AUGAAACUAUCAGGUGUCUUUCUGCUCCUCUCUCUGGCUCUUUUCUGCCUCUUCUCAGGUGUCGUCAGCCAAGGAGGACAGGACAAAAGAGGCUGGAUCACAAGAUCAAAGGGCCGCCUGCCAGGGAAAGGUGCCUUAAGGAACCGUCUCUUUCAAAUCGACUGUGGAGAGUUCCGUGAUCCCAAGGUAUUCUGUACUCGGGAAUCCAACCCCCACUGUGGCUCCGAUGGCCAAACAUAUGGCAAUAAAUGUUCCUUCUGUAAGGCAGUGGCGAAAAGUGAUGGGAAGAUUAUCCUAAAGCAUCCAGGAAAAUGCUGA